AUGUCUCAAGCAUUGGUCCAUAGGAAUGGUACCAUCUGGCGAGAAGUCGUCAUCAGAGCUGCCAAAUUGAGCCUCCUCGCAGCUCUCAUUUCUGCUUUAUCGUUAUGGUUCGAUCCAGAGCAGUGGAUUUACUUCGGUGCCGUACACUGCAUCUGUUUCAACAGUUUACUGACGGUCCCAUUCGUCAGAAGGCCGAAGACGGCUCUUGCUGGAUUCUUAUUCAUACAGACGUACACCAUGGCCUUUGGUGCUUGCCCGAUUGAGGUCCCGCUUGAGUUACCCACUCUAGAUGUCAUGCCUUGGUUCCACAACCUUGGAUACUGCUUGCUCGGUGUCUGGCUCCAUAGCGUCGGUGCUCAUAAGAUUUCGGCGAUCGAGUUGAUACCGGGCAGACCAAUGCACUUCGAGGACACAGUCUUCACGUUUUUCGGACGACAUAUGAGCGCCACCGGUAACAGUCCUGAAGGGCCCGUCUCAGAUCUCAAAGUCUUAUUAAUCGCGAGCUGCACCAUGUUUGCAAGCCUGAGUCUGGUGCAUUGGUUGUCCAUAGCCGAGCGAGCGCAGUACAAACGUGUGUGGUUUGAAUAUGAAAAGAUCUCUGAAUCGGACGAUAAAGCCAUGGAAAUGGGCGCUAUUGGAGGAGACGAGUCGAAGAUACAGCAUGGCCCCAAGCCACGUGCUCCGUUACUGGACUUUUUGCGUGGUCUCUGUCUGGCAUUCAUCGUCUCUUUUCACUUCAUGUGGGACCUCCAAGAGUUCGACAUGUUACCUCAUCCUCCCCCGGCCCACAAGGUCGAUGGACUCCCAAUAAAGAAUUAUAUACUCUUCAUUGUCUACUUUGUCAUCUCCAUCACCUCUUGUCUCACUGCCGCCCUUUACACUCCCUAUUUGGGUUAUGCAUUGUAA